AUGUCAAAGAAACAAACCAAAUACCGUCCAAGCCGCCUCGAGCUCUUUCCUCUCGAGCUCAGAGAGCGCAUCUACUCCUACCUCGGCCUCCCAAUCCUCUGCCGCUUCCCAGCAACCUGCAGCUGCUCCGAUUGGAAUCAUAACUGCGAGGAUCCCUUCCACUAUUACCACGAUCCUGAGGACGAACGCAAUACACCUUUCACCCGGAGUCUCCUCACCUCUAUCAGAUUCUUCAGUCCUGGUAGAGGAUGGGAAUCCGGUUGCGGAGGGGGGAAGGCCUGGUUCGGGCGCGUGCUAGAGACGUCAAACCACGAGCAAUGCGAAGACGGGGUGGUGAUGUAUAUGCGCGAGUAUCGGACCAUCGGGGCUCUGAUCUGCACGAACAAGUUCAUCGCUGCUGACUUGUAUACUCUGUUGUUCAGGAAGGUUGAAGUGAUCUUCAAUUUCCAGCUCUCCAACAAGGCCGUGUUCCGUUAUCAUAAGGGAUGGCCUCGAGGUGAUAAAAUCCUAUGUGAAGGUGGGAAGCUGAAUGGAAAUUUGCCACCGGUGGGGAAGAAACAAGUGGUACCCUACCAGAUGCAACUGAGCCCUUUUUCGUUCUUGGUCAUGACGCAAAUAACCCUCUCAGACCGCAUUGGCCGCUCAUUCGACGACGAAAUCCCGCAUUCCCGGAAGAUGUCCUACAGACAGCGUCGAGAGAAGUUGGCUAAGCAAACUCUGUCCAUCCGCUUAGUUGCCCAGAAUUCCCCGCAGCUGAAAUCUUUAACGGUGUCCUCCCAUAACGAGCGCGACCAGGGAAGAUUGAAAAAGAGCUUCUUCGAAGCCAUUCCAUUCGCUUUGCGGGAGGCAGCGCGGAUGUGUGAUAACCUGGAGACGGUCAACAUCCGGAUCCUUCAGGAGCCCUACUCUAUUAUGAACGGCAUUGCCCGGAAGCUGAAGAGAAUUUUUUUUCCAUUGGGACGUAAAGAGCUUCCAUUUCAAAGAGGUGCCGCGCUGGGUAUUGGAUGAUGAGCUGGCUGAAUGGGCGACCAGUGUCCUGAUGGAAUUUUGGCGCUAUGAGGGUGAAAUGACAGAGCAGCUUUUACGCCAAGAACGAUUACUAACUCUUAGGCAAGGGUCUACGAAUAGCGGUAUCGGAUUUUUGGUGCGUUCCACUCCUAUAGUCUCUCCAUAAAGUUUCCUUCGUAACAUUGGUUGGAUAGCCAGGGUCUCGAUUGUCGAAGAUUACGAAGGAGAAGAAGGUUCAGAUUCGCCCUAGAGUAGCUGAAUAUACAAAUGAUCUUCCAAACUAGCAAAUGAUUCUUAGUUUGCAGGGGUAUGAGUGUGACUCUAGCAAAUAGUUGGCG